UUCUAACCUUUUACUAGGAAUAAUUAUGAUUAGAAUAAGCUAAGAAUGAGGAGAUAAUAAUUUCGUACAAAUAAACUCGUAAUUACGUUGGUGUAACUAUUCCUUCGAUAUGCCAUAUGCACAAGCCGGCAACGUCGCAUUUCAUAGAUAAUCUUAUGAAAAGAACAGAAACUUGUCUAUGUUAACUGUGUAUCUGUCAGUUUGACGGUUACAUUUGUGGUAAUUUUAAACCGUUUUGUUUUUAUUCUCAUAUUCAUAACCAGUUUCAUACGAUUACGACAUUAAAAUGAGAAGUAAUAAAAGAGAACGCUGUAUUAAUUGGGAGAAAGAAGAAAAGCAACUUUUUAGAAAUAUAAUACGACCUUAUUUACCAAUCAUUGAGAACAAAGAUUUAAGCACUAACACUAAUAAGGAGAAAAUGAAGGCUUGGAGCGAUAUAACUGAGAAAUUUAAUCUAGCAAAUAUAAGGACAAGAGAUAAAAAACAACUAAUGAAUCAGUGGAAGUGUACUAAAUUAUUUGCAAAUAAAGAAUUAUCAUGUUAUCGCCGAGACACAUUAAAUACUGGAGGUGGACCAAAGCCACCCUCGCCUUCUCCAGAAACUAUGGACGUGGCAGAGAUGAUACCGCAAGAGUUUGAAGUCGACUUUAAUGAGUUUGAUUGUGAUGGUGUUGAGAACAUUACAAAUAAAGUCAUUUUGGAUAUUCCAAAAGAGAAUAUCGAAAAUAAAGACAUUGACAAGGAUUAUAAUCCAAAAAUUGAAGAAAUUUGUGACGAACCAAUAAAGAAGAAUCCUCUAACAACUCCCAAGAAACCUACAAAGAAAACACCGAAAGCAAGUAGUAGUUUUAGUUUUGCAGAAGCCUCGUAUCAGGAUAUGCAUAACUUUCGGGCUCUGGAAAAUGAGCGGCUUCAAAAAGAACAUGAAUGUAGACUUAAGAAUAUGGCAGAGUUGCAUGAUCAAGCUAUGUUAAAUUCUAAACUUCAAACUGAAGUUCUAAUGAAGACAUUAGAGUCAUUUAAAAAUAAAUAG